AGCAAUGAAGCAACGCAAGGUGUGGCGAGGGUUUUGAUAGAGUUGCGGUGACGAACGAAAACAAAUAAUUGUAAACGAACGAGUUAUACGAGCCAAUUGGCUUCUCAUCGGUUCUUCCGAAAAUUCAUCAUGACGGUGGAUAAGCAAGAGUAUCACAGAGCGUCCAACGCGGUUGUCUUCGGCGGAGGACUCACGUUCGCGGCGCUCUUUCUCUUAAUGAUGGCCUUUAUAAGUCCCUACUGGCUAGAAUCGUAUCAGGAGACCUUCAGCAACUUUAAGCACAUGGGACUCUGGGAGUAUUGCUUCGAGCAAUUUCGAUUCCCGAAUUAUCAGUUUGAUGUACAAUUUGAUGGUUGCCAUCAUAUAUUUUCGCAAGAAUAUUAUGUUAUAAGAGAGUGGCUGCUACCGGGAUGGCUCAUGGUAGUUCAGGCAUUCGUUACACUGGCCAUGCUGCUCUCCAUCUUUGCUUUUGCUGUAAUCUCUUUGAUCUGGGUACGUUGGCCACUGAGGUUCGUCUUGCAUUAUGAAUGGAUUCUAUCAUCUGUCGCAUUUGUAUGCAAUGCAGUGGCUGGUGCGCUUCUCUUCCUAGCGGUCUCCAUAUUCGGCGGGCAAUGUUGGCGUCGGGAUUGGUUAAUGUAUCCGAAUUUCAAUCACUUGUCAUGGUCGUAUGGUCUUGCAGUUAUAUCGUUUAUGAUUCACACGUUCGCCGCAUUUUUCCUUUAUCUGGACGCGCGGACAGGGUACAGAUUGCGCAAGGAAUCUCGUAACUUGGUGAUGCAGAUGCAACCGAAUCCGCAGUCUCAUCACGCACCGUCACGAAGCGGCUACGUUUAACGUAAUAUCAAACUGUGCAUUUUGAUGAGAAAAUCAAUAUUUCUAUAUAAAGUUCUUACCGUUAUUUUCGGAUAAAUAGGUGAAUGAUAAAUUUAUCUCCCGAGAUGGGACAUAUUGGCCUAUUUAUGCAAUUUCCGUCCAAUUGUUUUAUAUAGAAACAUAAGUAAAAUAUUUUUAAGUAAAAUUUUCUAACAUAAGAGACAACCGAAAAAUUGGAUGAGAUAAUUUAAUUCGACACAUGAACACAUGUAUUGAGAUUAUCAUCUGUUUGUGAGCUAACUAUUAACUCAAUUUUCUUUAAGCUAAUUUGCGUGAAUAAUAUCCGUCCAUUGUUAUACUCACGCGUGCAAAUAAUUUUUUUACAUUAAUUUUUAUAUAUAUUUUAUAAAUAUUUUAUGUGUAUGUAUGAUAGAAUUAUGUAUCAUUUGACUUACAAAUGUAGGUAAUAAACGAAAAGAUUAUUUUUCGUGAAUAAAACAACAGUGAA